AUGAGGGAAGGUAAUCAGGUAACAGGCUAUCUCCUGUUCUCUCUGGGCACCGCUGUCAUCGGCUCUCUGCAGUUCGGUUACAACACAGGAGUCAUCAAUGCGCCAGAGCAGGCCAUCUUUAGCGUUGGUGGCAUGGUUGGCUCCUUCAGUGUGGGAGUCAUGGCAAACCGAUUUGGCAGGCGUCGUUCCAUGUUCCUGGUCAACUGCCUGGCGGUGAUCGGCGGCCUCCUCAUGGGCUUCUCCACCAUCUGCUCCUCCUAUGAGAUGGUAAUUGCCGGUCGCCUGGUCAUUGGCCUGUUCUGCGGUCUCUUUACCGGCCUGACUCCCAUGUACGUGGGCGAGGUGUCGCCCACUCCCCUCCGAGGAGCCUUUGGCACUCUUCACCAGCUCGGUGUGGUGAUUGGCAUCCUGAUCGCUCAGAUCUUUGGUUUAGAGGCUCUGCUGGGCUCAGACAAGCUGUGGCCCCUGCUGCUGUCCCUCACUGUGGCCCCUGCUGUGCUGCAGUGCAUCCUGCUGCCCUUCUGUCCUGAGAGCCCUCGCUUCCUGCUCAUCAACCUCAAACAGGAGGAGCAGGCACGCAAAGCACUGGUGCGCCUGCGUGGCAGUGAGGAUGUGAGUAAAGACCUGCAGGAGAUGAAAGAGGAGAGCGCCAAGAUGGCCAUGGAGAAGAAGGUGACCAUCCCCGAGCUUUUCCGCUCUGCGGCGUAUCGACAGCCCCUCCUCAUCGCCGUCAUGCUACAGCUCUCCCAGCAGCUGUCAGGGAUCAACGCUGUGUUCUACUACUCGACAGGGAUCUUUGAGUCAGCUGGUGUGAAAAAACCUAUCUACGCCACCAUCGGAGCCGGCAUCGUCAACACCAUCUUCACUGUUGUUUCUCUCUUCCUGGUGGAGAAGGCAGGACGAAGGACUCUGCACCUCCUGGGAUUGGGUGGAAUGGCGAUCAGUGCUGUACUUAUGACCGUGUCCCUCCUUCUGAAGGACAUUCCUGCUAUGAGCUACAUGGCUAUCGUGGCUGUCAUGCUAUUUGUGGCUAUGUUUGAGCUGGGUCCGGGUCCAAUCCCAUGGUUCAUUGUGGCUGAGUUGUUCUCCCAGGGGCCCCGCCCGGCAGCCAUGGCCGUGGCUGGCUGCUGCAAUUGGACGGCCAACUUCCUGGUUGGAAUGAGCUUCCCCAAACUAGAGGAGGUGUGCGGGCCUUGGGUCUUCCUCAUCUUCACCGCCUUCCUCAUCCUGUUUUUCAUCUUCACUUUCCUUAAAGUCCCGGAGACGAGGGGCAAGACCUUCGACGAGAUCGCCCGCAGCUUCGGCAGUCCCCCACCUGCUGCCUCCUCGCCUGUUGAGGAUGCUCCUGCCAGCGCCAGCGCUGCUGUGAAAAUCUCACCGGUAAAGGAGAAGGUCCCGCUGGUGGACGCGCCGGCAGCAGCAGCUCCACCCUCCGCAUCUGAAAGCACGCCCCUUGAAGAUAAAUCAAACUCCACAGUACAGGAGAGUGUGUAGAGCAGCUGUACAUACAGUUUCAAUGGGUGAAGGGGGUUAUAAAAGAAGGAAGAAUCACUGAGAUUUCAAAAAUGCUGUAAAUUGUAGUUAAUAAUCACAUCUUGGAACAAUAGGAAUUAUAUAAUUUUAUAAUAGACCUACUGAGAACAACAGCGUUAUCAAUUUAUAGGCUUUGACCUUUAAAAGGUCAUGCUUUCUGCUUUCAUGGUAACUCCUCCUUAAUUUUCUGUGACAUUUCCUACAGUUCCUUCUUUAUAUCCUCCUUUCCUAAACUGUAAAAGGGAAGCAGUCAAUGUAUAAUACCACAGAUUCAAUCUACUGUGCAUUCCUAGGAAUCAAGCUACACUCAUUAAAAGGGUGAGUCUUUUUCAAGACAGCUGUGUGUCUAGUCAGGACAACACUUUUUCAACACGGCAAACACAUGUUGUGUUCAUGGAAAUUGUUACUAACAGGUGAAGAUCCAGGUAAAAUAUCCAUCGCUGCAGACUAGAAGCAGAGCGUGUUGACAAUGGCACAGCCUUUGUGCAGGUGUAUCCAAACCUGUUCAGUUCAGGUCCAUGUAGUGAGAGUGAGGUGACACGGAUAGCGAUGAUACACAUUUGUUAUAAAGUCACGUAUUCCUGUUAUAGUAGAUAUCUUAGUGCAAUAUAACUUUGUAGCUGUAGUUAGUGAUGUUUAAUUAUGUUCUAUCCAUUCAUUCCUGUCAUGUAGUUGGAAGUGUUCUCAUGUCACAGGUCCAAAAAGGGAUUUUUAAGAUUGAAGCUCCGUGUUCAGCUGUUGAAUUCGAGCUGACAAACCAGAGAGCUUUUUAGCAAUGCCAAAGUACUGAACUUUAACUGCCACCAGGUGAACACAUGUGACCUCAAACAAGUGUGUUUCUUCUGGUUGUUAAAUUCAGGGUGGGAAAUUAGCGGCAGCCACAGGUUAUGCUGAGUUUAAUCAUUCUGAAAGCGGUGGUUAAAGCUGAAAUCCACAAGUUUAUUAAACUUUUAUUUAGUUUAGCGCCACCCUCGAUGCUAACCACUCAUUUUGUGGUCUUGGUCAGUUCUACAUUUAGUCCAAACAAACAAAAUUUCCUGUUUACCAGACAAUUUUGUUAAAAAAAAAAAAACUGCUCAUGAUUGGUUGAAUCUUUCUGCUGCUAUAUUGACAGGCAGAAUUAUUUGUUGUUAAAUCUUGUGGAUUAUUGCUUUACUGCAGGGUCUUUUGUAUUGGAAAACUAUAGCUGGUAUAACAAUAACUGUGGCUCAUGAAGGUUAGGACUUGCUAUUGAAUGUGGCUUGUGGAAAAAAACAUGUUGGCUGAAUUGUUUUACACAUGUACAUCACAGUAGGGUAACGUGCAAUGUAUAUUUUUUGUUGAAGAGAAAAGUAUUUAUUACCUUAAAAAAUUGAUUUUUGUAUAUAUAGAGUAUAUAAUUAUAAUACACUAAAGCAAAUUUAGAAUCAUAAUGCUUUCCAGAAAAACCCCCGUGGAAUGUAGUUGAAUGAGUCUGUAGUGCGCUUUACCUGCCGUGGUGGAGAUAACCGACUUCACGUGAAGUGCAGCUCAGAGAUUUUGAAUUGAUUGAGAGUCAAACACUGUAAAUCUCAUCUGUUGCUCUCUAAUUAGAUGCACUUUGUUUACCAGUUAAGCAGCAAAGCGAAGCAUUAGAGCCGCAAUCACUGACAGCGAUUUAUUUCAAAUUAAUUAAAUAAAAUGAAACACUAUAUUUACCUGAGCAAUUGCGUAUAUAUCGGGCCAAGCUGUUAUUAGAAUAGAUAAGAGUUAUAUAAAAUGUGCAAUCAAUAAAGAGACUUCAACCGAUGGAGCUGAUAAUGAAUAGAGGCAAGGGGAAGUGCUAAUACAAUAAACAACAGGUAGACCAGCCAUCUGUUGUUUGAUUAGAAUGUCUAAUCUGGUUCAUUUAUUUUAUUUUUUUAAUUAUUUCAUAUUUUCACAAAGGGAGAAAUGACUACUAUGACUAUUUAAUUGUGUGUGACUUCUGUGAUAAUCUGAAACAAAUAUUUGGAUUGUGUACUGUGAGUUAAAUCAAAACAGGAAGUGUCAUUCCAUGACUGUCAGCAUGGCAUUGAGUUAAAGUGGUUUCAUAAAGUUAGGAGUUGGUGCAUUUAAGCACCUCGAAUUUUACGGAAUUUAUUUUUUUCGAACAAUAUUCAAAAGCAGAGUUGCUCUGGAUGCAAGAAUUACUACUAUUCAAAGUAAUUUAAAAAGAAAAAAACAUGGGAGGAAGACAAAGAUAUAGUCGAAUGGAGCUUGGCAUUCUUGCUACCAACUGAAUGUAAAUUAGCCAGUUAGCCGAUUUAUAGAUUAGCCUAUACCUGUAAGAUAGGUAGGAAGCUUGUGUACCGUCCAACAUCAUACUACUGACAGUAGUACAUGAGACAGAUAAUCUUUGAAAAAAUCAGGUUCCUCUGGCUCCUCCUAGU